UUUUUUCAGUGUGUAAUGAAGCAAAUGCAAAAUAAACAAAAUCGACAAAAUCCAGGAAAACGUUUUUUGCAUAAAUUUACAAAUUCCGUGGAAUUUAUUGGUAUUUCAAAAAGUUAUUUGUUCCUGAAAUCUCUGCAGAAGCACAGCAACAAUGGCCAGCAGACGUAAAAAAGAGAGCUCUUCGGAGGAUAGCUCUGUGGACAGCGAGGAGGAGGCUCGGCGCCGCGAUAUCAAAGAACGAGACGAGUUUUCUCAGCGCCUCAAGCAGAAAGACGAAGGUCGCACUCGAAAAGUGGUCGAAUCUACCAGCCGGAAAGCGUACGAAGAAGCGGCCAAACGUUUGAAACUUGAGGCAGAAGACCGGGACAAGUUGCUUCCGAAGUUGAGGAUUCACUCCCGCCGCCAGUACCUGGAAAAACGAAAAGAUGACAAAGUUGCCGAACUCGAGGCGGACAUUCUGGACGAUGAGUACCUGUUUGAGGAGUCGCAAAUCACGGAUCGGGAACGGCAGGAUCGUGAGUACAAGAAAAGUUUGCUCCAAAUUGCAAAGGAUCAUGAGAAAGCGAGGGAACUUGAAAGGGUUCAACGGUAUCACAUGCCGAAGGACAUUAAGAAGGGUGAUAAGGAAGAGUAUGUGGAGGUGGAUGAGCGAGAGAAGAUUCCCAAUGCGGAGCAAAAAAAGUGGGAAGCUGAGCAGCUGGCCUCUGCCGUUUACAAAUUUGGAUCGAAAGAUGCAAAAGCCAGACAGCAAGAAGAGUAUGAGUUGUUGCUGGACGAUCAAAUUGAUUUCGUUCAGGCUUUGCGAUUGGAUGGAACGAAGGAAAAGGACCGGAAGCCGCCUGUUUCCGAAGCUGAACGCAAGAAAAUGGACAUUGAGGAUACGAAGAAAUCGCUUCCGGUGUAUCCGUUUAAGGAGGAUUUGAUUGCAGCUAUUAAAGAGCAUCAAAUUCUGAUCAUUGAGGGAGAAACGGGUUCCGGUAAAACAACCCAGAUACCGCAGUAUCUCUACGAAGCGGGAUUCACCAAUGAUGGCAAAAAGAUUGGGUGUACUCAGCCUCGUCGUGUUGCUGCCAUGUCCGUGGCGGCUCGCGUAGCACAGGAAAUGGGAGUAAAACUGGGCAAUGAAGUGGGAUAUAGUAUUCGUUUCGAAGAUUGCACUUCCGAGAGAACCGUAAUCAAAUAUAUGACGGAUGGAACGUUGCACCGGGAGUUCCUUUCAGAGCCAGACCUUGCGUCGUACAGUGUGAUGAUCAUUGAUGAGGCUCACGAACGGACAUUGCAUACGGACAUUUUGUUCGGAUUGGUGAAGGAUAUCGCACGGUUUCGUGUGGACCUGAAACUGUUGAUUUCCAGCGCUACGUUGGACGCGGAGAAAUUUUCCGAGUUUUUUGAUGAUGCAAAUAUUUUUAGGAUUCCUGGUCGUCGAUUUCCGGUUGAUAUUUACUACACAAAAGCGCCGGAAGCGGACUAUAUCGAUGCUUGUGUGGUAUCAGUAUUGCAAAUUCAUGCCACCCAACCUCUGGGCGAUGUUUUGGUGUUUUUGACGGGUCAGGAAGAAAUUGAAGCUUGUCAGGAGAUGCUUCAGGAUCGUGUUAAGCGGCUGGGUUCCAAACUGAAAGAGCUGCUCAUCCUUCCCAUCUACGCAAAUCUACCAUCGGACAUGCAGGCAAAAAUUUUCGAACCAACUCCACCAAAUGCGCGGAAAGUGGUACUGGCAACCAAUAUUGCUGAGACGUCCCUUACGAUCGAUAACAUCAUUUACGUGAUCGACCCGGGGUUUGCCAAGCAAAACAACUUCAACUCGCGGACUGGAAUGGAAACUCUGAUGGUUGUUCCGAUUUCCAAAGCUUCUGCCAACCAGCGAGCAGGUAGAGCGGGCCGAGUCGCUCCUGGAAAAUGUUUCCGACUUUAUACAGCAUGGGCAUAUAAACAUGAAUUGGAAGAAAACACUGUUCCUGAAAUUCAGCGAAUCAACCUUGGCAAUGCUGUGCUGAUGCUAAAAGCACUCGGAAUAAACGAUUUGCUUCACUUCGAUUUUCUCGACCCUCCCCCUCAUGAAACGUUGGUUUUGGCUUUGGAACAACUUUACGCGUUAGGUGCUUUGAACCAUCACGGGGAACUAACCAAACUUGGCCGACGAAUGGCUGAAUUCCCAGUAGAUCCGAUGAUGGCCAAGAUGUUGUUGGCCAGUGAGAAGUAUAAAUGCUCUGAAGAGGUCGUCACAAUUGCUGCAAUGCUCUCGGUCAACGGAGCUAUCUUCUACCGACCAAAAGACAAAAUAAUUCACGCUGAUACGGCGCGGAAAAAUUUCAACCAUAUGCAUGGCGACCAUCUCAGUUUGUUGCAGGUUUAUAAUCAAUGGGCCGAAUCGGACUACAGCACCCAAUGGUGCUACGAAAACUACAUCCAAUUCCGAUCAAUGAAGCGCGCCCGUGAUGUCCGCGAACAGUUGGUCGGUUUGAUGCAGCGUGUGGAAAUCGAAAUGGUAUCCGGAUUGCCGGAGACAAUCAACAUUAGGAAGGCUAUCACUUCGGGUUACUUCUACCACAUUGCUCGCCUUUCCAAGGGCGGUCACUACAAAACCGUCAAGCACAAUCAAACGGUGAUGAUCCACCCCAACUCGGCACUGUUCGAAGAGCUCCCGCGGUGGGUGCUGUAUCACGAGUUGGUGUUUACCACUAAGGAGUAUAUGAGAUCAGUGAUUGAAAUUGAGAGCAAGUGGCUGCUGGAAGCAGCUCCGCACUAUUACAAACCUAAAGAGCUGGAGGACUCCACCAACAAGAAGAUGCCCAAAACAGUUGGACGAGCUACACUGACCGAGUAGGGGUUUGUUGCGUCCAGAUGAGAAUGUAACGCUUUAGGAAUUUAAGUGCAGUGAUUGUAAUGAUGUUCCAUUUUUCCUGUGAUGGCAAACCACGCCGUUUUUUCGGCCUGCUGUGGGAGAAUCAAUUGUAACGGAAGCGGAUGACCGGUACACCAAAAGAUGGGAUAUCCGACCACGAUAUGCGUACCAUGCAGAUCAAAGGUAGAGAGUUUCUAUAAGUUUCGCGAACAGUGUAUUCAAAACGAUGAAUAUCUACGAUCGACCUUCCUUGAGCCAGAAGUUGUG